AUGAUUGUGCGACAUUCUUCAAGUGAAGAAGUGACUCAGCCAAGAGAAGUGUCAUGUGAGACGAUUGAUUAUUUGCAAUGGGAAGUUGCUGGAGUUCAUACAACGUGCAUAGUGAAUACAGCGUCAAUUGAUGUUAAAGAAUUCACAUUUGCUUCAAGAAUUGAGAACAUUACUGGAUUGGACUUUGACGCAAACAAAAAAGUUGAAUAUCUUCCCAUUUUUAUACACGAAAAAUUCCCAAAUCUUGAAGCACUGAGUGCUUAUGAUUGCAGCAUAAAAGAAAUUUCAAAAGAAUCUUUCAAAGAGUUAAAUAAAUUAAAAGUUCUUUGGCUGAGUGGAAAUCAAAUUCAAAAAAUCGAAAGUGAUGUCUUCAAAGAUUUGACACUUCUAGAAAUUGUUGAUUUAAGUUUAAAUCAAAUCAGUAGCAUGAAAGGAGACUCAUUUGAAGGUUUAAAACAUUUAAAAGCUGUCGGAUUGAAGGGAAAUAUGUGCAUUAAUCAAUUGUUUAUCGGCGAAGAUCAACUUUCAACAGUGGAUGGAAUUGUCACUGCGAAGUGUGCUGAAGCUGCAACAUCUAUCGUCACAUAA